AUGGUAGAACUAAGUUUAAAAACUUUAUUAACUAGGAGAAAGGCACUAGAGCUAGAAGGACCACUAGUAAGUGGAGAAGUUAAUCCUAAGGGACACUCUCCUUAUACCCUUAGCGAGAAUCUAGCUCUUAAGAGCGAUAAAGAUAGAGCGGAAUCUUAUACCCUAGUGGUUUCUAAAUAUAUAAUUAAGUAUAUUCUAAUGUAUCACACACCGAUUAGUAAGAUACUCCUACUCUCUAAGAAAGGGGGUAGAUCAGCUAAUCGCUGGCUUUUAUUGAGAUAUUUCUUCGUUAAGGAUACUGUUACAUAA